UUCAAGGCUAUUCUCCACACGCCAUCUUCCGAGGUGUAAAAGUUAUUAUACGCUACAACUGAGUAUUGUAAUGAAUGUACUGCCGCAGUAAGCGUGCUAUUUUAAGAAAAUCCAUAGUUUAUUAAUGGUUUAUUGACGAACUUAGUCCCAGAAGCACGUGUGUAUACCUUGAUUGCCAAACAAAAAUUUAAUAUAUUAAAAUGCCGAAAGGAAAAACGAGGAGAUUUAUCGACAAGAAGAAUUCUGUCACAUUUCAUCUGGUCCAUCGUUCACAAAAGGAUCCAUUAGUGGCCGAUGAAACAGCACCGCAGAGAGUACUCGUACCAGCUGGCGACACACAAGCUGCUAAAAUAGAAAAAAAGUCAAUAGAUAGCGAGAAACGUAAAGAGGAGCAACAGAAAUUUGGGAUCUAUUAUGAUGAUGACUAUGAUUACCUGCAACAUCUCAGAGACGUUAAAUCACUUUCGGUCGAAUGGCAACGUGUUGAAAACACAAAUGUUUCCAAGAAUUCCGAUGACAAGGACAUUCCCAAAAUUAACUUACCAUCUUCUGUAUUUGCUUCAAAUGUUGAGGAAGAGGUUGGCAUGCUCAAUAAAGCAGCACCAGUUUCUGGGCCACAGUUACAUCUUGAUCCAGAUGUGGUUGCUGCAAUGGAUGACGAUUUUGACUAUAAUGACCCUGAGAAUCAAUUAGAGGAUAAUUUUAUUGAGUUGGCUAAUGCUGGAAGUAGUGACGAUGAUGGUUUCAAUAGAGAAUAUGAAUAUGAAUUGAAUGAAUCAGACAAUGAUUAUGAUAAAUCAGAUAUCUCUUCUGAAGGUUAUAUGGAAUUCUCUGAUGAAGAGGACGAAGAAGAAGAGGAAGUAGGCAGCUUGAAGGGGCCUCAGUAUACCUUUAAGGACGAGGAGACAAAAUCACGGUUUACAGAAUACUCUAUGAGUAGUAGUGUGAUGAGAAGAAAUGAUCAACUCACACUACUAGAUGAUAAGUUCGAGAAGCUGUAUGCUGCGUACGACGAAAAUGAAAUUGGUGCUUUAGAUUGUGACGAAAUAGAAGGAUAUAUUGCACAUGACUCAGAUCUUGUAUUGCAGUGUGCUAAAGAAUUUGAGAAGAAACAGAAAGAAGAUACAGAGAAUAUUGCAGAACUUAUGAAAGAAAGAAUGAAGAUUAUAGAAAAAGAAAGUUCAGAUUCAGAAGAUGAAUGUGAUUUAGAAAAGCUCGUCGUUGAUGCCCAUGAAAGGGAUAAAUGGGAUUGUGAGAGCAUUCUUAGUACAUAUAGUAACAUUUAUAAUCAUCCUAAAUUGAUUCCUGAACCAAAGCGUUUACAGAAAAUGAUAAUUGAUCCAAAAACUGGUAUUCCAAAAAAUGUACUAGGUAAUACAUCUGGGAAAUUAACAGCUGAAACGUUAAGCCGAUUUAAUUUUGAGAGUAAUACAUUAGAAUCAAAAGGUGUGCAAUCUGUAGCAGAAAGUAGGAAAUCUACCUUAAGUAUACUAAGUGUAAGACCCAAAGGAGAAACUUCCAAGGAAAGGAGAGAAAGGAAAAGGUCACUCAAAGAGUACAGAAAGGAAAGAAGGAUAGAACGGAAAGCAAAUACAGAGGCGUUUAAGGAGGAAAAGAAACGCCAAGAGAAGGUUCGGUUGAAUAACAGGUUAUUCAUCCGCCAUGGAUACCAUGUACUGUAAAAUUUCCUGUAGAGACCUCUCGUAGACCGAAACGCGACUUUACAGUUUGGGUUUCAAUAUCAUGUGUAAAAAAUACACACCGUUGUAUAUUGAAGACUUUAUCUAAAAUAUGAUAACCCUUUGCGUUGGCACUUAUCUGCGGUUUAGAAUGUGUGUAUUUAAUUUGGAGAGAACGAAAAUACAGGGGAAAAUUGUUUAAAUGUGUACCGGUCAUAUAAAA